UUCAAAUACUACACUGCAAAAAGAGCCAGAUCGCUUGCAGUCCAAACAGUAAAACCAACAUUCAAUUCGAGUCAUCUUCCGCUUAUCUCACAGUGAUCCGAGGAGAAUUCCGGCGUUGAAUUCAAUCCACUCCGGCGGGGAAUGGCGGCGAAGCAGAUGGAAGAGAUACAGAGGAAACUGGCGAUGCUCAACUACCCGAGAGCCAACGCCCCUGCCCAGGCGCUCCUUUUCGCCGGCAUGGAGCGCUACGCCCUUCUCGAAUGGCUCUUCUUCAAGCUGUUGGGCGACAAAUCUCCAUUUUCGCAGCAGAAUUUACAAGGGGAUCCCGCAGAUCGCGACGAGGAGACCUCUCGCAUUCAAUAUCUGGCAGAGAUUGCAAAAUUUCUGGGUAUAACUACCACAGUGGACACGGAGGCAAUACAAGGGAGAGGUAGCUAUGAAGAUCGUACAGAAAUGCUACGUCUGAUUGUUGAUCUUGUGGAGGCAAGCUUGUAUGCUGAUAAUCAUGAAUGGAGUGUUGAUGAGCAGGUAGCUAAGGACAUACAACUAAUUGAUGCCAUUGCUGAGAAACAAGCACAAAUUUUUUCUGAAGAGUGCAAGUUGUUUCCCGCAGAUGUUCAGAUCCAAUCCAUAUAUCCAUUGCCAGACAUUGCUGAUUUGGAGAAGCAACUCUCAGAUCAAUCUAACAGACUUCUUAGUCUUCAAGAGAUGGUUGAUGAUUUAGCAUCAAAGCAUCCAUAUAAUCCAGACGAGGACUAUGUGGAGGUUGAAGCAAAGUUGCGGGCCCAUUUAGAAACCUUUUUAGAAACUGCAAGAUCCUUUAAUACAAUUUACACUAAGGAAAUUCGUCCCUGGACACACAUGAUGGAGGUACCGCAAUUGCAUGGAUUUGGGCCAGCUGCCAAUAGAUUGUUGGAAGCAUAUAAGAUGCUUUGGAAGUUCCUAGGGAACUUGAAGAAUCUCCGAGACUCUCAUGCAGCCGUUGCUGUUGGGUCAUCAGAAACAGUUGCAGGGGAGCCAUCUUCUGUCACAAGAAUAAUCUCAGAAUGCGAAACUGCCUUAACAUUACUAAACCGCGAUCUAGCCAUUCUUUCAGCCUCCAUUGCUCGCGAGCAAGGGGAGGAUGCCACCUCGUGAGCAUAAGUAGAGGAGAAGAGCACACAUCAUAGUAAUUUGCUCUCUUACAGCAACCUUUUGUCCCUAUUUUUGUCAAAUAUAUUAACCAAUUUAAUGAUUUAUGGAUCAUUCUCUGAGAGGUUGAAUCUGAUUGUGCAUUAGUUCUGUGUA